GGCAGUUUUCCGCUCUACUUCCCGUCUGCUAUGGCCUCCGCUUUUGCGGCAGGAUCUUUCUGGAGCCAACGCGUGUGGGCGGUGGUGGAAAAAUAAGAAACAAAAUGAAACCUUUCCGAAGUGUCUGUCUUUUCAAGAGCCUGCUUGGCAAUUGCUACUGUCACAGUCAACUUCACAGCUGUCUUUUCCCUGUCGUUGCAAAGAAGAUAGGUUAUGUGGUGAGAUUGCACAACUGUGGAUUUUGGAGGCCAAAAUCAUUAUUGGACACAGCUAGAUUCACUCUGUCUUUUAACAGUCAGCACAGGAGAAAGCAUCAGGAUUCUCAAGCUUUGUGGCAACAUGAGGCUGUGCAGAAGUAUCUGGAGACUCUAAACAAGGAAUACCAGCAGAUUAGUCAUCUGUUAAGAGCUGACUCAAAUGACUUUGAGCAAAGAACCCUAAGGAGAAGAUGUGCUGAUCUGUCCCCCAUUGCUGUUGCAUUUCAAGAAGUCAAAGAGGCUGAAAGAGAAGUUCAGGAGUUAGAAGCUAUGUGCAGAGAGCUAGACAGCAGAGAUGAGAAACAACUUCUAGAGCUUGCAUUAGAAGAGAAGGAAACCCUGGAUAAAAAAGUCAACAUGUUGUGCAGAAAGCUUUUCCAGCUUCUAGUGCCAAAGGAAAAAUAUGAUAGAAGUCACGUUGUAUUAGAAGUGACAGCUGGCAGAACAACUGGAGGAGACAUCUGCCAACAGUUCACCAAAGAAAUGUUUGAGAUGUACCAGAAUUAUGCAGACUAUAAACGCUGGACCUUUGAUGUUGUGAACUAUACACCAGCUGAAAUAGGUGGGUUACAUCAUGCUGCUGCUCAUAUUUCAGGAGAGGAUGUCUUCAGGCAUCUGAAAUAUGAAGGAGGGACUCAUCGAGUCCAGCGAAUCCCUGAGACAGGCCUGUCAUCGAGAAUGCAGCGUAUUCACACAGGGACAAUGUCAGUUAUUGUCCUCCCUCAGCCAGAGGAGGUUGAUGUUAAAGUGGAUCACAAAGAUUUACGCAUAGAUACCUUCAGGGCCAAAGGAGCAGGAGGGCAGCACGUUAACAAGACUGAUAGUGCUGUGAGAAUUGUACAUCUUCCCACAGGACUAGCAGUUGAGUGCCAGCAGGAGCGAUCACAGCAGCUGAAUAAGGAAAUAGCUCUGCGGACACUGAAAGCUAAGCUGUACCAGCAGAUCAUUGAAAAACAACUAAGUCAAGAGCAGAGUGCCAGAAAGCUGCAGUUGGGAACAAGAGCCCAGUCAGAGAGAAUUCGAACUUACAACUUCACCCAGGACAGAGUUACUGACCACAGGAUCUCGUAUGAUGCACGCAACAUCAAGGAAAUUCUGAGUGGGAAAGAAGCACUGGAUAAGCUCAUCAACAGACUGCUGGAGUUUGCAGAGGUAGAGGCUGUCACUGAAUAUCUAGAAAACCUGCAGGCUUUAGAAGGAGGAGGAGGCUGAAGACCUUGCCUAGAGUGAGAGCAGAACUGUUGUGUAUGGUAGCUUGCUAGAUGAUGGGUGAUUAAAACCUCUGCCUCUGUUUCA